UUCGUCCACGACAUGACCACGCAGUUUGGUAUCUCCAUUUUCAUGCCCACACCACAAGAACAAGAACAACAAACAUGCCCAUGUAGCAGCGUGUUCCUGAUCACGAAUCACACCUCUGUUUCUUCUUGUUGUUGUUGAUGAUGAUGGUGGGACGAACGAGGCUUGUGGUGUCAGAUUUCGUUCUUUCUUUCAUGUGGGUAUGGUCUGGUGUUCUGGUUCGGAUAUUCGUCUUCAAAUAUCUGGGUUUGGGUCAUGACCAUGUCGGUGAGAUUGUCAAGAUUGUCUUCUCUGUCGUCAACAUGUUCUUCUUCGCGUUCCUUGCUAAGGUUACCCGUGGUGGGGCCUACAACCCUCUCACCGUUUUGUCUGGUGCUAUCUCUGGAGAUUUCAGCAACUUCAUCUACUGUCUUGGUUCUAGAAUUCCCGCCCAGGUUCUUGGAUCUAUUGUUGGAGUUAAACUUCUCAUUGAUACCAUUCCUGAAGUAGGGCGUGGACCACGUUUGAAUAUUGACAUCCAUCGGGGCGCAUUGACAGAAGGAUUACUGACAUUUGCAAUUGUAAGUGUUUCACUUGGGCUUGCCACAAAAAUUCCUGGAAGUUUCUUCAUGAAGACUUGGAUCUCCAGCCUUUCCAAGCUAACGCUUCACAUACUUGGCUCUGAUCUUACUGGUGGUUGUAUGAACCCAGCAGCUGUAAUGGGAUGGGCUUAUGCUAGAGGGGAUCACAUAACAAGAGAGCACAUCCUUGUAUACUGGCUUGCCCCCAUAGAGGCAACUAUUUUGGCAGUGUGGACAUUCAAAUUGUUAGUCCCUCCUGUGAAAGAAGAUAAAACAGGCUCCAAAAGUAAAUCAGAUUGAAGGAACUCCAUUCUGUGCUAAAUGUUUGAUUUUAUCUAGCUUUCAAUGAUUGUUUGUGUAGGUGGUGGGAUGAAUGUAUAGCAAGCCAUGUUGAAGUCUAACUUUUGGAAGCUGUAUAGUCACUAUAUUGUUUGGCAACUCUUGGGUUAUUUAUUAAAAUCACAUGCUCUUAUGGUUU